AUGCGAAGUUCCGAGUCCGCUCACACAGUCGGGCCGUCGGUCAGUCCAACUCUGGCGUCGUCGGCAGGGGAGCGGCGAUAAUGUCAAAACCUUCAUCCAACGUCAAGGCCCUGCAGGCUAAUCUGAACAUCCCGAUGGGGGCUUUGCGUCCGGGGGCGGGACAUCCUGUGAGGAGGAGAGAGGAGACGGGAGACACGCACCAGCAGCCGAGCGACGGGGCGGACACGCCGCAGGAGGACAAAAAGACAUUGCCCGGCGCCGUCAAGCUGCCCGGCCCGGCCGUCGACCUGUCGGAGCUGCAGAACGUCAAGAGCGAACUGCGAUGGGUCACCAAGGAAUAGCACGAGGUGAUCGCAAAAAAAAAAAUUAGAAUAAAAAAAUACAUAUUGCAUACACGACUUGGACUCAUUUAACGCUUUCGAGAUUCCCCCGUCGUGAGCCUUCAAAGAGCAACGGUUGCAAGUGUCCUGCUUGAACAUUAUUACCUUUUUUCCCAUUUUUUUCCCCACAAUUUUCCUUAAUUUGACACACAAAUACAAAAGUGUACACGAACUUUGUGACACCUGCCCAAAAAGCUUGACAUUUUUAAAUAUUUUAAAUACUUUUUUUUUUGUUCUAAUCAACAGAUUUCACUGUCAAAGAAUGACAUUUGAGAUAUCUUUUGUGCCUUUGUCAUUUUCAAAUUUGACCCAAAACAGGAUGUAAGUGGGGGAGGGGGAGAGAUUUAACAUGAAGCUAAAAAGUCCGCUUUUGCAAGUCAUGCAGCAGUAACGUUCAUUUCCACACGGGGGCGGUGUGGGCUGUUACACUUGAUGUUUGUGGGCAUGCGGGGCUGAGUCAGGCGCUAUUUAUACCUUCUAAAAGUGUGUGUGUGUCACAUUUAAGUGCAUGUUUUGGACCUCUCAUCCAACUAAAUAAGGUCAGCAGAGUUUUAGAAACAGCAGGCCCAGUCAUUAGCAUGCUGUUCAAAUAAAAUGCGUCAAAACUGAGCGUCAUUAUCUCUCCUUUC